ACUCUAUGUCAAUAAUCAAACGGAUAUAAACAGAAAGUGUAAAUAGUAGGAACAGUUUUUAAAUUGAAAAUAUUUAUUAGUUAAUGUUUUUUAAAAUACAAAUUUACAAUAUUUAUUAGAAUGAAACUUUUUACAUUUUUUGUUUUAAUGAAACUCUUUAUUAUUUGUUCAACUACUGUUAAAAGUAGUGACCAAUUAGGUAAAAUAUGGGGCCCCGGUUUAUCUCCGGAAAAGAUGGUAAUGCCAGCUAGAUAUUUUUUUGUUAAUCUCAUAACCAACAAUGGGAGUACAGUUGAUGAAAAUACACAGUUACAGGUAGUAGUGGAUGGAAAAACAAAGAAUAACAAACCAUGUCGUAUAUGGACUAACGUUCUUGAUAGAAAAGAUAACAGUUACAUUGUAAGGUAUAAAUUAUAUGAAACAUGCUCUUAUUUAAAAAUUUCUGUCACCUAUAAUAAUGAACAUUUAGCAAAAUCUCCCUAUUUAAUAAAUGCUCCCGUUAAAUCGGAUGAUUGCGUUUGUCCCACGCGAAAUAUUAACGAAUCAUUAAACGCGUGGGAGUGUGGGUCUGUACCAAAGUUUAUAAAUGAUAAAUUGAGUGUGUUUAGGAAGAUAAAUUGGACGGAACAGAGGAAAGAAAUUCUAGAGAGAUUUAAUCAACCACACUCUGUAAGCCUCUGUCAUUACAUAGUUAAAAAUAAUAAAAUAUACAGAAAAUGUUAUGGGAAAUAUGUUGGUUUUAAUAUAUUUGUAGAUAAUAUAUUGUUAUCAUUAACCAGAAAAGUCGUUUUACCAGAUGUAGAAUUUUUUUCGAAUUUGGGCGAUUGGCCUUUAUCCACUUUAAAGAAAAAAUAUCCGAUUUUUUCUUGGUGUGGCAGUACUGAUACCUUUGAUAUUAUAAUGCCCACUUAUGAUAUAACCGAAUCUACUUUGGAGAAUUUGGGAAGAGUAACUCUGGAUGUACUCUCAGUACAGGGUAAUACUGAUGGUCCAUGGGAAACCCGAAUACCCAAAUUAUUUUGGAGAGGUAGAGAUUCUAAUCAAUAUAGAUUAGAAUUGAUAAAACUUUCCAAGGAAUAUCCGGAUUUAAUUAAUGCUUCUUUAACUAAUUUCUUCUUUUAUAGAGAUCAGGAACAUAUUUACGGACCAAAGACUGAACAUAUAUCGUUUUUCAAAUUUUUCCAAUACAAAUAUCAGUUAGCUAUUGAUGGUACAGUAGCAACAUAUAGAAUGCCAUAUUUACUAGCUGGUGGUUCGUUAGUUUUCAAACCAGAAUCGAAGUAUUUCGAACAUUAUUAUAAAGAUUUAAAACCUAAUGUUCAUUAUGUACCCGUUAAAAGUGACAUCAGUGAUCUUAUUGAAAAAAUAAAAUGGGCUAUAAAUAACGACAAGGAAGCUAAAAAGAUAGCUUCGAAUGCACAAAAAUUUGUUAAUGAGAAUUUGUUACCAAAAAAUAUAUUCUGCUAUUAUUUCCACUUAUUUAAUGAAUUUAGUAAAAUUAUCACCAGUAAUAUAGAAAUUUUGGAAGAUAUGGAGUUUAUUGAGCAAAAGAAGAUGGAAAAAUGUGAUUGUAAUAACAAAAAAGACGAAUUAUAAACUGUUUUUUGUAUUACAAAUGAAUCUCUAAUCUUGAAAUAAAAUUACACAUUUACGAUUUAUAAAUAAAUUUAUUUACAAU